GGGACAGAAGGCCGUGUGAACAAGCCCUUAUGCAGCCGGAUACCUGUGACAUAAAAAAACCUAUGCGUGAACCCAGCUCAGGGAGGAGCGUCUUCUGACACCUCGGAAAGGACGUCAGCUCAACUGCGCCACCUAAUGGCCUUCCCGUGACUUAGUGACGUCACUCGGUAAAUGUCAGUGACGGGAAGUGAGUGGUCAGCCGUGUACGCUGUCAGUAAUGUGUGGAUAUACACGGUAUUACAGCUGCUGGUAUGCGGAUAGCGGGAGAAGCCUUCUCCCGAACACAUACCGGAUCUGUUUCUGAAUACCAGGUGGGCUGACCCGGGUCAAGCCUCGCCUCCCCGCCCUGUCACUUCCUGUCCCGGGCCGGCCGGUGUUUACUGCGGCUCCUCCCGUAUUAGGCCUCUAGGGGCCCUAAUGGAUUUUACAUAGCGUACCCGGUGCUCGCACGGUUUUUCGCCCGCAGACGCAGCGGAACAAGCGGCCCGGCUAUGUCCUCGGCCGUCCCGUGCCCGGCGCUCUGCUGUUGCCGCCGCCCUCUGCAUCCGGGGCCUACACCGGAAUCACCGGAGCAAUUUGUCCCGGGCCCCCCAGACCCCGCGUCAGCCUCCAGCUUCCAACUCUACCGCCUGCAUCACUUCCACCUGGGGCUGGAGCUGCGCCCGGAUACCAGGGACCUGUCCGGCUGUCUGGUGCUUGAAGUCAGCCCCCUGGUGCCUGGAGGCCCGGCUUUGGUAUUAGACACUCACCCGGUUGUCAAAGUUAGUUCUGUGCGCUGCAGAAGGGGAGGACGACAUAAUAGGAGCCCUAGUGAUAGACCUUACAAUGGUGCCAACCAGCCCUGCCCCCACACUGACCCUGCCCGCCCUAAUGACACUCGGACUCCUGAUAGCACCAUGGGUGUGUGCCAGGAGGUGCCAGCUAUGUCAGAGGGUAGAUCUAACCUGGGACAUUCUGACCCCCAAACCACAGAAGGGUCCUGGUGUGUGGCACAAGAGCCCAGCACGCUCACCACUGGCACAUCACAAUGCUCACCCAUAGUGACCCCAGAGCCCCUGGACCUCUCCGUUUCCCGUAAUGCAAACCACUUGUCAUGUUCCCCCCAAAAUACUGCUGCUUCUUCUGCUGGUCCUGGUGGGCCCAUUGUGAAUGGUCAUCAGGCCCCAGCAUCUCCUCUUAGAUCCACCUGUCACACCUCCCUGAACCCCUUAGCUGCCCCUUAUUCGCCCACCACUGACCUGUCCGUCCCCUCCUCGUCUUCUUGCUACACCUUGUCACCAGAUUCCCUCCUGUCUCCCACCUUUGAGAACAGUUUUACUCCAGCAGAAACCCCUCUGCACUUCCCCUCUACAGACAUUCAUGUCAUGGAGGAAUUGCCUAGCACUUUUAGCCAGCCUUGUGGGAUCCAUAAUGCCAGUGAUUCUGGGCCUUCUCACUGCACUUGCUGCUUCCCUUUGGACUUUAGGGUCGAUGAGCUUACGGAUUAUGGAUCUGCUCUAACCAUCACUGUGCCUGAAACUUUACAAACCAAUGAGACGUUCCAGGUCAUUGUACACUACGUCACCGGAGAGGGGCCUGCGGUAUGGUGGCUGGAUCCUGAUCUUUCCUAUGGAAGCUCGGAGUUGUUUGUGUUCACUCAAGGGCACUCUGUUUGCAACCGUUCUUUCUUCCCCUGCUUUGAUACACCAGCUGUAAAGUGUACUUACUCCGCUUCUGUCAAGGCACCUGCUGGAAUUCGGGUUCUCAUGAGCUGCACUCACAGUUACUACAUAGAAGAAAUGGGCAUCUUUCAAUUCUAUAUGGAACAUCCAGUUCCUGCUUAUUUAGUAGCGUUAACUGCAGGUCAUCUUCUUCCAGCUGAUAUAGGCCCAAGAAGUAGAGUGUGGGCCGAACCUUGUGUGCUGCCUUUGGCUGUGGGAAAACUGGCAGGCCGGGUAGAGCAAUGGCUUCAAGCUGCAGAAAAUUUGUAUGGCCCCUACAUCUGGGGAAGGUACGAUAUAGUCUUCCUGCCCCCAUCCUUCCCCAUAGUUGCCAUGGAAAAUCCCUGCCUGACAUUCGUCAUCUGCUCCAUCCUGGAUAGUGAGGAUUUUCUUCUAAUUGAUGUUAUUCAUGAAAUUGCACAUGGCUGGUUUGGGAAUGCAGUGACAAAUGGCAGCUGGGAGGAAAUGUGGCUAAGUGAAGGCUUGGCAACCUAUGCCCAGCGCCGCAUCACCACUCUGGUUUAUGGUGCUUCAUUCACAUGCCUAGAGACCACCUUUCGCUUGGAAGCACUGCACAGACAGAUUCGAAUACUGGGUCAGGAUACGCCUUUCAGUCGACUGCAAGCUAAAUUGGAUUUAGGUGUGAACCCAAGUAACCUCAUGAAUUUGUUCACAUAUGAGAAGGGCUUCUGUUUUGUGCACUAUCUGUCCCAGUUGUGCGGGGACCAAGACAACUUUGAUGCCUUCCUCAGGGAUUAUAUUGAGAAAUUUAAGUUUCGCAGUGUCGUAGCUCAUGAUCUGCUGGAGUCUUAUCUCAGCUUCUUCCCUCAUUUAAGGGGAGAGAGUACAGCAUGUGGUGAGGGCCUGGAGUUUGAGCGUUGGCUGAAUGCCCCAGGGCCUCCUUUGACCCAGCCAGAUCUUUCUCAGGGAUCCAUAUUCACUUCACCCGUGGAAGCAUUGAGUGAACUAUGGAUGGCUGAACCUUUGGACAUUGAAGCUGCUGCCAAUUUUGCCAAUAUCACAGACUGGCAAACUUUCCAGACUGUGCUCUUUUUGGACAAGCUGUUAGAUCAAUCUCCAUUGCGGCCAGAAGUUAUGCUGCAGCUGUCACUGUGCUAUUCUGCCGAUCUUGCGACUAUGAACACAGAAAUACGCAUCCGCUGGCUGCAAAUUGUGGUGCGGAACAACUUCCAGCCAGACUUGCCCCGAGUGCGUCACUUCCUUCUAUGCCAAACAUCUAGGAUGUAUACUAUUCCUCUUUAUGAAGACCUCAGUGCUGGACCACUGAAAUCUUGUGCCCUAGAGAUCUUCUAUCAGACACAUGGACGUUUACAUCCGAAUCUCCGUAAAACUAUACAACAGAUCUUGGCCCAGGGAGGUUCUGUGGUGCAGUCAGACACUGCAUUACCGGUCCUGUCUACAGAGCUCUGUACACAAGGCUCCUCCUCUCUCAGGGACGUGAAUGUGACAGCCUGACACUGCUCACUUAGCAAGGAUGUUUGCAUUAAGCAGUUUUCUCAUUCAUUCAGGCUGUGCCUUGCCCAGACCCAACAGAGGAGGAGAAAGUAAUUCUUUGCACUGUGGUGGUUGAAGCAAUAUGCUGUACCACCCAAGAAUGCUCAGGUGGGAAAACCACUCAGCCCAAUGAUGGAAUGAUGUACAUUAAGCCUUCAGAGGGCAAAGGUGCCAAGUGGUGAAUAUAGAUUUGUGUUUUUCGUUAAGCCUGUGGUAGUUUGCUUGGAGUUCAUUCACCAAACAUCUAUGCAUCUUACAUCUGAGACUAGGGCUUUACAACAGAUGUAACCCAAGUGGCAGUACAUCUCUGAAAAUAUAGGGGGUUGUCCUGCUCAAAAGCCUCAUCUUUACUUAAUGGCCUAAAGUAAUUUUUUUUUUUUACCAUGUAGCCUACGUGACAGACCACAGCAAAGUGACUGCAGGUGACAGUUUGUUUUUCUGAAUGCUACCUAUGUAGCUAUUCCUUUUUAUUAGAGCUUAUUUUGAUAUCCUACUUUUGAUUGAUCACAGCCCGAAGUCUUUUUUCUUUUCAUUUGUCCCAUAACUUUUUUUUUUUUAUUAAAUAUAUUUAGUGUGUUCAUGGGUCUCCAAAUUGCACAAAUUUGGAAUGACUAUUUCUGUGGUCAGUCAAAACACAAAGCAGAUUUCAAAAUUUUAUACUAGGACUUGUAAGGUUGAUGCAAAAUGCCAGCGAGUAUGGGUUGUUUUUUCUUCCUAAAACUGCACCGACUUUGAGUUGUCAUAUUUUACGAGAUUUUAAUUUUGUUAAAUGCCCUUGGUGCAUAGUUACCAUUUUAAAUUUUGUUUUAGUGUGAUGUUGGGAUGGAACAUAACCAAUUUUUACUCCGUAUAGCUUACGUAAGGUUCAGUUCACACGAUCAUUGUACUGUACUAUCAGCGUGUACACCAGAAAAAUCAUUCAGUGUAUACGGUGAUGUGGCUAUAUAUAUUUAAAUGGGCACUGUCAUUACUAAAACCUUUUUUGAUCAGUUGGGGUAUAAAUGUUCAGACAACAACUCUCUCAUUGCUCUGUAUUAAGUAACUGAGACCGUCUAAUAAUGUAGGUCUAUGAGACAGUCUUGCUUACAUAGACACAGAGUAGGGAGAGAAGCACAUGGUCACGUGCUACUCUCUCCACUCAUUCUACUGAUCGAAUGGGGUGUGAGCACUCAGACCCCAACCAAAUAAAAAGAAACUUAUGACAUUAUAUACUUUUUUUUCUUAAUAGCAGUAAUUAGAGAUGAGCGAACUUCCAGUAUUUCAAUUUGUCACGAACUUCUUGGCUCGGCAGUUGCUGACUUUAGCCUGCAUAAAUUAUUCAGCUUUCAGGUGCUCCGGUGGGCUGGAGACUCUCUUCUAGGACUGUAUCCACCUUUUCCAGCCCACCGGAGCACCUGAAAGCUGAACUCAUUUAUUCAGGCUAAAGUCAGCAAACGCCAAGCCGAGAAGUUUGUGACUAAUCGAAUUACUGGAAGUUCGCUCAUCUCUAGCAGUAAUGACAGAUAUGUGUGACUAUAUAGGCCUAGGUUUGAAUGUAUGCAGGCUAAUGCCAAAUGUGGUGUGAAUUUAGCCUUACCCUGUUCAUCCCAUUUGUUAAUGAAUGGCCUCACUGUCACUACAAACAUUAUGGUGUAGGCUGAUACAAUUAUCUUCCCAGUGCAUUUUCCAAAACUAUUUAUCUCAAUGCUCUUAUGCCAAAUUUAAACGGUUCGAGAUAUGGUAUUUGAGUUUCGAAGCUACCAGCAUUGUGAAUUUUGGCUGUUUAACAAAUUUCAUUUAUGUACAUGUGACCCUGUAUAACAGCUUUCUAGAGAUAAGACUUUAUUAGGCCAUGUUUACACAGUGCAGUCUGGCUUGUGGGUUUUUUUUAAUGCAAAUUUGGAAAUGGAACCUGGACUUGGAAAAAAAAAAAGCAUAAAAAAAAGUGCAAACAGCCUCUGUCCAGAUGUUUACAUAUCAGCAAGUUCUGUUCAUUUACUACCAGUGAAUUUUUCAAUAUAAAAAUGACACCACAUGAUCCGCAUCUGCCAGCAAAUCAAUGACUUGCUUUACUGAUCAGCCAUGCCAUGCUCUUUUGUAUUGCUGUAAACAAAUUUUUUGAUGGUGAAUUUCAAAAUAAUAAAAAAUAAAAACUGCUCUUUAACUUUUA